UCCCGGCCUGCCUCUCCCCCCCUCCCUUCUCUUCCUCUCUUCCUCUCCCCCAGGCACGCACACAGACACGCAACACACGUCCCUCGCGCACCCCGUCCUCCCACUCACUGCAGGGUCAUCGCACGCGCGCGCAUUCUCCCGCUGCCAGAGCCGGCUCGCCGGGACCGACUUCUUUAAACUUUGCGUUCCGUUGCGCGACUGGUGGGUGGCGGAGGCGGCGGCGGCACAGAAAAGGUCACCACCAACGUAUCUGGAGCGAGCGAGCGCGCUUGAUGAGGACGCCUUUCCGUUAGAUUCGCGCUGCGUGCGUGAGCUGUGGCCCGCUCGCUCUCUCCGGGCUGUUCGGGACAUUUGGCCGCGAGAGUUUUGCCUUUGUGCCACGGAUUACAGUGAUUUAAAGCCAGAAAACCCGUGGAUCUUUUUUUUUACGACUCCGUCUUGCAACUUUCCUUGGGACGAGGCGACAAACAAAAGAUGGGAGCCAAGAGAGAUGUUGUGGCCGUACUUUGCUGCAUGUUAAUGAUCAACUCGGCGUGCUUUGCCCAACAAGAGACGACCAACGAGUGUUUGUCUGCUAAUGCCAAGUCAUGUGGAGAGUGCAUUCAGGUUGGCGGCAAGUGUGCCUGGUGUACAAAGCCUGACUUCACCGGGCCGGGGGAGUCGAACUCGGCACGCUGCGACUACGCGGACAACCUGGAGCGCCGCAAGUGCCCGCCCACGUCCAUAGAGAGCCCCACGGGCAAGGUGAAGAUCCUCAAGGACAAGAAACUCACCGACCGCAGCAGCAAGCUGCCGGCCAAGGACAUCACGCAGAUUGCUCCGCAGCUGAUCGAACUCACGCUCCGCUCAGGUCAACCGCAGAACAUCGACCUGCGUUUCCGCCGCGCGGCCGACUACCCCAUCGACCUGUACUACCUGAUGGACCUCUCCUACUCCAUGAAAGACGACCUGGAGAACGUCAAGAAGCUCGGCACGGAGCUGCAGCAGCGCAUGAAGGACAUCACCAGCGACUUCUUUAUCGGCUUUGGAUCGUUUGUGGAUAAGACGGUGAUGCCCUACAUCAGCACCACUCCCAAGAAACUGCAGAACCCGUGCGGUAACAAUGACGAAAAGCAGGUGUGCACCAGCCCGUUCAGCUACAAGAACGUGCUGUCUCUCACCUCGGAAGGAAAUAAAUUCAACUCGCUCGUGAGUCGCCAGAAGAUCUCCGGGAACUUGGACUCUCCCGAAGGUGGCUUCGACGCAAUGAUGCAGGCAGCCGUGUGCGGGAACAAGAUCGGCUGGCGCAACAACACGCGUCUGCUCGUGUUCUCCACGGACGCCGGCUUCCACUUUGCGGGCGACGGGAAGCUGGGCGGCAUCGUGCUGCCCAACGACGGGCGCUGCCACCUGGACGGGAAGGGGAUGUACACGCAGAGCGACUUCUACGACUACCCGUCAGUCGCGCAACUGGUGCAGAAACUCGGGGAGAACAGCAUCCAGCCCAUCUUCGCCGUCACGGAAGAGUUCUAUAACGUCUACAAGGAACUCAGCAACUUGAUCCCAAAAUCGGCCGUCGGAGUUCUCUCUUCGAAUUCCAGCAACGUCAUCCAGCUCAUCAUCGACGCCUACGAUGCACUGUCGUCGGAGAUUAUUCUGGAGAACAGCAAGGUGCCCGAGGGCCUGCAGUUCCGCUACACCGCCGUCUGCAAGGACAACAAGGUGUUCCGCGGGGAGCAGGGCCGCAAGUGCUCCGACAUCCAGAUCGGCGACGAGGUCCAGUUCACGAUCGAGGUGGUCGCCACAAAGUGCCCCAACAACGGCAAGGCGCACGAGGUGGAGAUCCGGCCGCUGGGCUUCCAGGAGAAGGUGACGGUGCGGCUGCGCUUCGAGUGCGAGUGCCAGUGCCACACCUCCGGCGUCAGCAACUCCAUGGAGUGCCACUUCGGCAACGGCACGAUGGAGUGCGGCGCGUGCAGGUGCAACGAGGGUCGGGUGGGGCGCCUGUGCGAGUGCGGCACCGACGAGGUGAACUCGGAGGACAUCGAAGCGUCGUGCAAGCGCGACAACUCGUCGAGCGUCGUGUGCAGCGGGCGAGGCGACUGCGUGUGCGGCGAGUGCAUCUGCUACAAGCGCGAGAGCCCCGAGCUCGUGUCCGGCAAGCACUGCGAGUGCGACAACUUCUCCUGCGACCGACACAACGGACUCAUCUGUGGAGGUAACGGACGCUGCGAGUGCGGCAAGUGCGAGUGCUUCAGCAACUUCACGGGCAGCAGCUGCGACUGCUCGUUGGACGCGCGCUCCUGCAUCGGCCGCAACGGCGAGAUGUGCUCGGGCCGCGGCAACUGCACCUGCGGCACGUGCACCUGCACCGACCCCAAGUACCAGGGGCCCAAGUGCGAGCACUGUCCCUCGUGCCCGGACGCGUGCGAGCUGCACAAGGACUGCGCGGAGUGCAAGGCCUUCCAAACGGGGCCCAAAAAGGAGACAUGCGACAAGUGCGAGUUCGAGGUGAAGAAGGUGGAGGAGAUGGAGAAGCGGGAGAGCACGGAGCACACGGCCUUCUGCAAGGUGAAGAACGAGGAGGACUGCUGGUUCUACUUCAACUUCACGUACGCCAAGAGCGACGCCGAGGUCUACGUGCAGACCAAAGUCGAGUGCCCCGAGGAGCCCAACAUCAUCGCCAUCAUCGCGGGCGUGGUGGCGGGCAUCGUGCUCAUCGGCCUUGCGCUGCUGCUCAUCUGGAAGCUGCUCAUGAUCAUCCACGACCGGCGCGAGUUCGCCAAGUUCGAGAAGGACCGCAUGAACGCCAAGUGGGACACGCAAGAAAACCCAAUCUACCGCAGCCCCAUAAAUAAUUUCAAGAACCCCAACUUUGGACGCAAAGGCGUCCCUCCCUGAACAUCUUUGCUCGGCGAGAAUCCGAUCUACAAGAGCGCCGUCACGACCGUAGUCAACCCAAGAUACGAAGGGAAAUAACAUCUCUGCGCAAUCAAGCGUUUUUUUUUUUAAAUCGACAUGGAAAGAACUUGAUUGCUUGUUAUAUUUUGAUAACAGAAAACGGUAAAUAGUUUUGUAGUUUUUUCCUCCCAAGUAUUAAUGUGCCGCGUGGCAAGUCUCGAUUUCUCGUCGGCAAUAUAACGGUUCACGGUACACGCGAUGAAUCGUGCGUCUAAGAACCAAUUCUAACUCUUCGUUGUCGACGUCAACUAUUUGGGCUUAGGGAGCCGUAGUGUAGGGAGCUUUUAAAAGAACCACCAUUACCAAAUUUACAUUCACACAUCCGAGCCGAGCCAGAACGAGGCCCUUGCGGUGCUGCUACUGGUGGUUUUCCACUGGCUAAUUAGCGAGCUGAGCAGGCGCCAAACCGUGAUGCGGUGGCCCCACGCCCUCUAAAUCUGGCCUGGUGCCAAAAACGGCCAGGGUGGUUGGUGUGUUCGCGACGUGUCCAUUGCGUACGAUGUCAGGCUUGACACAGAGGUGACCGCGUCACCGCCUCGGCUGCAUGCUGCAUCUUCACUCGUUCGUUGCGCGCGACAUCGGUCGGCGACGCUGCGAGGAUGUGAGGACGCAGCGUCGCCGUUGUCCUCUUUAACAGAGCGUCUCGACUCGAAUCAUCAUCGGCGGCGGUGGCGGCACGGCUCGACUUCCGCAGUGGGGCUGGAAAAAAACAACCUGGCGCAUCCUGAGCCAAGCGGGACCCAAUCGCCGCGCAGUGGAAAAUCGGCGCGAGUGCCCCAACCCUGCCACGCAUGCCACCGAGGAUUCCCCGUAGCCGCGAUGCUCGCAACGGUUAGCGCGCACGCGCGAGCGUCACUUAUUAUUUUUUUGUUGUUUUAUGUUAUCGCAUCGUUGAUUAGCACCCGAGGUGAGAACCCGACAGCCACUACAGAUUCUAAAUUGAACGAAGGAAUGAAAUUGUGCUUCCGAAUGUGUGACACUUGCGCGAUUUGCUUCGAGCGUGAAUCGUCACUUCGCCGAGUGGCUCGUGCCGAAAAGUAAAUAGACGUUUUUAGGAACGGUAAACCACGGUUGUGUAUGCCAAGUUUUAGCGAGAUUAUCUCGCCAUUACAAAAGCUGUGCUUUUUGUAAAGCAUGAUUUGUAAUUAAGAGGUGUUUUAAACGUGUAACUUUUAAUUAAAAAAAGCUAUCUAUUAAACGAUUAUAUUUUUUGCAAGCAGUUGUUCCAUGCAAGAACCAUCGGUAAGCUAUACAAUGAUACGGAUUUUUUGUUUUUGAUAAUUUAAUUUGUGCCGUCUGAUGUAAUAAAAACAGAUAUCUUGUACAUUAAAAGCCAACGCCUUAUAAACGAUGUUCACCGUCAUCGCUUAAUUAUAUGGUAUAGUAAUUAUACAUUUAUUAUUGUGUUCACUUUGAUGAAGUAUAUAUGAGGGGUGAUCCAUUUAUUGAUAUUCUACUAACAGGGAGAGAAUACAGAGUAAACAUCUUAAUUCAAAGCCUCUGCAAGUCUCCCCACCAAUCUGUAAACACUGAUUAUAAAUCGACUCGUACACCUUGCCCAACAUAAUCAGAAUCUUUAUUUCGACUGGAUGAAUCCUAUGACCUCUAUGAAGCUUUUUUUCCACACAUGUCCAUCAAGUAAGCAAGUUACAACAUAGCCAGUGUGAUUUGUUCACAACGUUCACUGCUUGGCUGUAUGCUAAUUUCAUUGAUGAUCACUUAAGAUAGUCAUAAAUCAGUGGGACAUCUAGAAAUAACAUACCUGUCAACCCCUUAUCAAUAUCUACCCUAUUACAGACCAAUUCAGACCGUAUUGGUCACCCCGUGCCUCUUAUAAAUCUCAACGUUCAUCCUACAAAGGCCCAUCACAAGGGAGAAACGCAAACAAAUAGGCAAAAAUGAUGUUGGUAAACAAAAACUGUUUUAUGUAUUCAUUUUUAUAAUUCGUGUUAAUGAUGCUACUUAUCAUGCUACUUACUGUCUGUGAUAUUGCAUGCUGAUGCUGCUGAUUUCCUGAUAUGUGGAUGCACAUACUCAUGUUUUAAAUGUACAACAAUAAACAACAACAUUCUGAAGGGUUAAACAAUACACUAUAAUUUGAUUUGACCAUAUUAUUAUUUUUUGCCCGUAUUGAAACGGAUGUACGCCGUAUGGACGCAAAUACUCAAUUUCCCCGUACAAGAAUACGGGGUAAACCGUGUGGGUUGACGGGUAUGAAAUAAGAUCACCCCCCCCCCCCACCCUGUUAAUUUUAUAUGGGAGGCUUUCACCACCAAUGUGACGAUUAAUAAUUGCCUUUUUUUGCACGAAAUCGUUAAAAAAAGUGUCAUAAACCCUCCUCCAAUCAAUUAAAGUGUCACGUGGACAAACGUUGCCGCUUUUGUUGCAGCUUGGGCAGCGUUAGCCACCGAUGUUGUUGUUUGAAGAGAAUCAAAGAUCACACGGCGUUUCAAUCGAUAACGACGUUUUGCGGGAUGUUUAUCUGGCAUCAUCAGGUUAGCAGCUCGGAUACCGAGCUGUUUAAUCUGUUUUAGGGUAUGCUCGUGUCAGACAUGAAUACAAAACUUGAAUGUUAUCCAUAACGAAAUCAGAAAAAUAAAAGAUUAGAAAAAUCA